CAAAAUAAAAGCUCUGACCUUAGCAAGCCACCUGCUCAGGUGACGCAUGUCAGCAGCACACCUGCCGCUUAUUAGCGGCCUUCAGUUCCGGUUUGGCCUUCACGUUGGGAAACAGAAUAAUUUGAAUCACGACAAUUAAGGAAAUGAACUCGUUGGAGUUUUCGUUCGUCUUUUUUAUACUGGUACCUCAUUCUUUCGGGCGCUGCUUUGACAUGUCUUUUUCUAUAUGUUGGAUGGGUAAAGAUGACGUUCUAGAAAGACAAAACGCAGACGUGUUUUUCAAUGGGACCUCGUUAAAAUCCAUCAUGAAGGCGGGUAAAGUGAGCUCCCUGAAGCUGUUCCCGGUUGUGGAAAACAAGCUGGCCUUCCGGUACGGGGGCUCCACCCUGAGGUGGACUAUAACAGUCAGCCCACGCACAAAGACCGUCAAAAUCACCGGCCGACACAAACCUUCAGAACAUCCAACUAAUACUACAAAGGACUUCCUGGCAUUGCUGAGUCCUGCAGAAGUGUUUGCAUGUGGAAAUGGAACCACAUUCUUUCACCAGGAUGAAAACUUCUUCCUUGCAGUUGGACACACGUCACGCUUCCCUCUGAAGCUGGAGGGCAGAAGUCCGACCAUGCUGCUGGUGUCCUGGGUGGAGAUGGAUCCGAGCGUCCUCAACACUCACAGCCUGACUGUGUACCACAGAGAGCUGGGUUCUUAUAACGUCUUCACGGAGGAAACCACCGACCGCAACCAUCACCGCUUCUCUGCCCUGGAGCCCUGCAGCCACUACCUGGUCUGUGUGGAGCUGGCAGACAGCCACGCCUUCACCUGCCUCUCUGCCAUCACCGACCCCGAUGUCCCUAAAGAUUUUGAAGUGACGUCGUGGAACAGCAGCAGCAUCUCUUUGUCCUGGGACUGUCCUGUGAACAUGAAGUACUCGCUCUUCCUCCUCACCGUCUUCUACCUGAACGGCACAGACCACGUCUGGGAUGAGGUCAGCCUGUGGCUCACGGAUGACACGUUUGAGUUCUCCCUGUCGGACCUGCAGCCCUGCAGCCGGGUCAAAUUCGGCCUGCAGACCGUUUGCCAGGCAGGCCUGGAAACCCGCUACAGCAAGAUCCUUCUGAACGACGGGAAUUCUGGUCACUCCAACAUCGACGCUCUGCUGCAGACAUCCUUCGGUCCAGACAACUACACUCUGAGCUGGGAGGUUGGGAACAUCUCCUUCAUCUCAAUGUUCAGAGUUUACCACCAGGGGGAGCUGCAGGGCACCACGCUCCUCACCAGCUACACCGUGGGGGGGCUGCUGCCCUGCCAUAAGUACCAAGCCAAGGUGGAGGCGCUGUGUGGAGAGAACGUGCUCAUGAACGCCAAAACGGUUGCAGCGCACACAGGCCCUCGUGGCGUGUCUGGCCUCAGGUAUCGCUCCAACGACUCCACGGUCGUGUGGACGCCCAGCCCGUCGCAGCAGACCGCCGUGGCCUACAUUUACGAGCUGUCUCUGGAGAACGGGCCAGUCAUCCAGAGAAGUCGGCUGUCCAACACCGAGCUGCCGCUCCCAGGGCUGGAGAAGGGCAAGUCCUACGUCCUGGACGUGUGGGAGGAGUGCGGCGGCCGCUGGGAGUCCGAACCGUCUCACCUGUGCUUCGACGGAGCUAAUUCCUCAUUUGAGAUCAAUGUCAGAGCUGCAGAGUUUCCUCAAGAUCCAGAACUAGCAUUGGAUUAUGACCGGAUGGGGCUGGUGAUGGUCGUGCCGUGGUCUCUGCCCAAAGACCUGAAGGAGGAACUCAGGAAUAAACUGGGUCAGAUCUUCACUAAGAAGAUGCAGGAGCUGUUGAAGGACUUCUCUCAGCCCGUCCGUGUGGAGCUGGAAUCCUUCGAAGCUGCAGAUGACCCUCAGACUGAGGUUUGGUUUCAGUCCUUCGACGCGUCCAGAACGGAGAAGGUUCCCCUCCCCGUCAGCGACCAGCUCCACCACAUCGAGUCCCUCAAAGAUCCCAACAUCACGGUGAAGGACGGCGUCGUUUACUGGAAUGCACCAGACUUGUGCGCCUCCUCACAGCAUCACCUGUGUCCUCCUCAUUCUCUCUGCAUCAACACGCUGGGCUCCUUCUCCUGCGUCUGUCAGCACGGUUAUCAUGAUGUGAGCUCUGUGAUGACUCCUGCUGCUGCUCUCCGUCCGGUCUGCAAAGAGGGGGGUCUGUUCAGUCAGUGUCUGGAAAAGGCAAUGAUGGGCGGGAUAGCCAAAGCUUACCUGACCUCUCAGCUCAGCGGAGACCUGCAGGUGAAGCUGAACGACGGCCGCUGCUCAGUGAACGAGACGGAGGAGUUUUUCUUCUUCCACGUCCCACGGAAGUCCUCCCAGUGCGGAUCGGAGAAGCAGGUGAACAGAACGCACAUCACGCUGCAGAACACGCUCGCCAUCACUCUGGUGAAGGAGCGGACCAUCAGCCGGCGGGACCUGAAGGUCGUCUGGAAGUGCAUCUAUCCGAGACAUUACGUCAGCAACGCCCGCGUGGCGUCUGACACGCUGUGGCUGUCCUCCAUCUAUUUGGUGGAGUUCAACUCGUCUCUUUCUCUGGGUCUGAGCAUGACGCUGUUCCAGGACGGCUCGUUCACGCACUCCUACGAAGAAACCGUCAGCUUGGGCUUCGAGGACACCCUGUUCUUCCAGGUUUCACUGCAGACGAACAGCACCUUUGCAUCAGAUGUGCUCCUGCAGGUGGAGUCCUGCUGGGCCACCGAGAGCCCCGACCCGCAGGACGAGGUCCAGGCUGUGCUUCUGCUGGACAGCUGUCCAGCUGACGACACCUUCCUGUGGCUGUCGGUGAACGGACGCUCGCAGACCAGCAGGUUCUCCGUCCAGAUGUUCUCCAUGCCGAAGAGGGUACCCAUUUACUUCCACUGCCUGGCUAACAUAUGUGGACCGGAUGAAGACUGCAGUAAGAGCUGCAGCAGCGAGGUGCGCUCUAGAAGAUCGGUGAUGACAGAGGCAAGGAAACGAGCCGCUGUCGUCUCUGCAGGACCGCUGCUUGUUAACAUGAGGGUGAAGUCUCUGCAGCCGUCUGUCUGGUCAGAACACAUGACCGCCAUCUUCGUCGUGGCUGCAUCCAUCAGUUUUUUGGGAUUAACCGUUCUGUCGCUGAGUGCAGCCAAAGCUAUCAUGACGUACUUUGAACAGCAGCAGCAGUGAGCCGUUUGAAUCAAAGAUAAUAAAUUUAUUUUAACAUUA